UGGUGAAACGAUUGAUUUAUACACAUUUUUCGUUAACAUUUUCUAUGCAGGAAUUAUAAUGGCCAACGCCAGUUUUUAACACACUGAAAUCCUGGAGUCGAUAGGAAUUUUGGACGCACGAGAAAAUGUCUCUGAGACCACAGUUAGGAAAAAAUUCGUUGAAAUUGCUGGUCAGGAUAACUGAUGUGACCCAAUUCCUGCUGGCCACUAUCUGCCUGCUUGAUGCACAUUCAGUGCAGGCGGCAUAUCAACAGACCGGAUGUCAGCCCCACCCAGCGCUAGACCUGGAGCUGUGUCAGCCAAAGGUUGGGGAGGUCCAGUUUGGUGACGUCACAGAGGGGUCAGUGUGUCCGCUGGUCAGAGAAGAUGGGGUCAUUGACCGGAUGGUGUGUAGAGAUGGGGAGUGGAGGAUGGAGGGACACACAGGAUGGGGGCUGCAAGACGUGGCUACAUCCCAAGUAUUCUCAAACCGUCACAAGAGGGACGUCAUCACUCUAGAUGUGUCGUUGGUGCCAGGAAAUCAAAACACAACUACUAUAGAUGACCCCCAGGUGAUCACGUGCCCUCUGGUGGCCGAGCUGUACCCGGCAGAUAAAGGAAAACUGACGACCAAGGUGACCUGGACACUGGCCACAGCUUACGACCCCCAGGAUGGGAAGAUUACACCAGUUCAAGUACAAGGCCAGUCCCCGGGGUCCGACCACCCCGCCGGGAACCACGUGAUCACGUUUGUUGCUAAAGAUUCGUCUGGUCUGACGUCACUCUGUUCAGUCAACUUUACAGUCAAGGUGUAUAGAUGCCCUUUCCAGUCCACCUACCUGUAUAACGGUAGAGCUACCUGUACUAAUGCCGAGGACGCCAACAUCUACGGCAGCGAGUGCCAGUACUCGUGUGACCCAGGCUAUCAGCUGACCGGUGCCUCCAGUGUCCAGUGUCUGAAGAACGAGACGUGGAGCGCGCCAAAACCCACGUGCAAAGCCAUAACUUGUGGACAGCCAAGUCAGGUACAACAUGGAGUCUUUGUCUGCAGCACUCCAGACCUGUCUUAUGGAACUGUCUGCAAUGUGUCUUGUAGUCAGGGCUACUCGGUCAUUGGUGGAAAUGGCAUCACGUGUCUAGCCAACAAAAGUUGGACAUCGCCUGGACAGUGUGUCGUCAAAAGCUGCACUGUCAUGGUGGCACCCAGCAACGGGCAGGUCACGUGUUCUAACGAAAACAUCUUCGGGUCCGUUUGUUCAAUCAAGUGUGACUCUGGCUAUCAACUUGAUGGUGACGUCAUCAGCCAGUGUCUUGGAGACCAAACCUGGAGCGGUCAUCAACCUACGUGUAUACCCAUCUGCCCAAAGCCUCCAGCGGUAAGCCACGGCCAAUACGUCUGCAACGGUCAACGUUCUGGUGACUCAUGUUCGCUCACUUGUGAGUCAGGCUACCUGCGGACAUCACCUGUCAACAUCUACUGCAGCUCUGAGGUCACGUGGUCACAGCCAGGUUAUUGUUUGGACACCGAACCCCCCACCUUCCCGUACGGCUGUACCCCCAACAUGGUGACGUCAGCCCCAGCACUGGGCACGAGCACGCUGGUCAACUACUCACUGCCAGACGUGCUGGACAACUCAGGAGAAAACCUCAAGCUGGUGGGUGACCCAGCAUCAGGGUCAGCGUUUGGUAUCGGCGUUACCAUGGUGACGCUCACAGCAUCAGACAGACAGAACAACACAGUAACAUGCCGGUUUAAUGUCACAGUGAAAAGUCUGUACUGCAAUGACCCCAACACCAGCGCUGAUGGUCAGCUUGUCUACAACUGCAGUGAUGGCUUUGUGUAUGGUGCCGUGUGCAGCGUCACGUGCAGUAACGGCUCCCUGCCUCACGGUGCCAGCAACAUCAGGUGUGAGAAAAUACCUGGCUACGACCAGGUGCAGUGGACGUGGGCAGGAAACGUUGGGCCCUACUGUCAAGAUGUUUGCCAGCCUGGCCAAUUUUCCCCAAACGGAGGUCGUCAGCCCUGCACCCCGUGUGGCCGUGGGACCUUCCAGCCAAACUCUGCUGCAACAUUCUGUGAGAUUUGUCCGUACGGCAUGUCGACACUCAACACUGGAGCCACGUCACAAGACGAGUGUGAAAACUUCGACCUGUUCGUCAUCAUCAACAUGACCUACCCUUACAUCAAGAUCUACGACGACCGACCCCAGCAGCUGACCAUGAUGUCCUGGAUCUACCUGCAGUCCCAGGAGCCCAAGAUGAACCUGGAGUUUUCUCUCCAGCCACGUACUGGCGCCGCGUACCUGACCCUCGAUGCCAUCGGUCUUUACCUGUUGCCAGUCUAUGUGCCAGACAGCAGGAAUAUCAGAAAGUGGUAUCACUUCGCCCUGGUCUAUGUCAACGAGAACGUGACACUGUACCUUGACGGCAAGCCAGUGGCCAAUUUCUUAGGUCUUUGGGUAAAGGACCUUCAGUCAAAGACAAUCAAGUUAACGUUUGAAGGCAACGCUUUCCUCUUUGUUGAAAACAAAAUAAUUCUUAGUUCUGUGCAACUGACGCCAGUGGCCUUAAGUGCACAAGAAGUACAAGAAUUUGUGACGUCAUGUAAAAAGAAAGUUACCCAAAAUGCACUAGGAGCUCAUGUAGUGGAUACGGCUCUCUUAAAACCCAGUUCUUGUGACACCUACAACGACUGUGUUGGGGACCCGUGUGGUGACCAUGGCACCUGCUUUGAUGGACCGGACGACUUUACCUGUGUCUGUGACCAAGGUUGGUCCGGUCGGCGGUGCCAGAUACCACCAGACUACUGCCGGAACAGCGCAUGCGCAAAUGGAUCUUCCUGCGUUAAUCUGGUGGCCGAGAAGAGAUACAGCUGUUCCUGUAUGACAGGAUUCACAGGGCUGUUGUGUGACCAAACUGUCGCCAACGGUGGGUGGGGUGAGUGGAGCACUUGGCGGGCAUGUUCCACUUCCUGUGGCUUAGGUCAAAGGUCAAGAAUUAGACAGUGUGACAACCCCCCACCUGACCAGUACGGACUGGGCUGUCUGGGCCUGGGUGACGAGGUCCAGCUCUGCUAUGGCUUCAAGUGUCCAGUGGACGGCAACUAUGGAGGCUGGUCUGAAUGGUCCCCAUGCAGCGCCUCAUGUGGGGGCGGUACCUCUACACGUAGGCGUGUCUGUGAUAGCCCAGCGGCGAGCAUGGGCGGCACCGAGUGUGACGUCAGCCAAGCCACGAGUUCCAGGAAAUGUAACUCUGUGGAAUGUCCAAAAUGUCUUCCGCUGACCUUACGGUCUGGCCACAAGACACUGGACUGUACAGACAACACCUACAAGACAGAGACGACCUGCAGCAUCGUCUGUAAACCUGGUCUCACUCUGGUGUCUGGUGUGGUCAACAGCUUCAAGUGUGGGAUAGCAAACAGCUACAUGUGGUCCCAUCAAACGGAAUUGAACCCUUCAGCCAUCUUGCCUGACUGCUCAGAGACAAAGCGACCUUCAGCAUUUCAACUAGAGCUGAAGUUUUCUUACAAAAAUAUGAGCAUAUCAUCAUUGCAACAGAUGGAAGACAUUUUACAAGAAAUUCUGGUGGAGAGGGUGGAAUGUAUUAGCGCUGAUAUUUGUUCUUACAACAUGAGUGUUGUUUGUUCAACGUGCAGUGACCGAGACAGGAGCUUGAGUCAAGAUAUUGUAACCGUGGAUGUUCAGGUGAUGUUGGUGGUGAUGAUGAACUUCUCCAGGGAUGCGGGACCGCCAAAAUAUCUGAGCUCACUUUCAGAAUCUGAGCGUGUGGUGGAGGUGGCGGCUGCCAGAUCUUUGUUUCAACUGACCAACAACACUGAGGCGUUACUUCAGCUGAAUGUCAGCCAUGUCCAGUACAAUGUCUCCGUCAUGUCAGCCAAGAUGUCAGCCACAUGUCAGGAUGGUGCUGUACUCGUUGAUGGAUUCUGUGUGGACUGUCCGUCUGGCACACACGUAUCUGUCAACAACGCAUGUGUAGUGUGUAGUAUUGGCUUCUAUCAGAACGAGACUAGAUCGAGGAUCUGUAAAGAAUGCCCUACAUGUAAAAAUACAACUAGUAUUGGCUCGUACCAAAUCGAACAGUGUGAAGCUGUUGGUGGAGUUUGCAAUAGCACCGCCGAGCAUUCAAAUUCAAGCGUACAGACAAUAUCUAUGAUCGUCGGAAUCAUUUGUGGAGCUGGAGCUUUGAUUAUAAUCAUCGUGAUUGUAACCUUGAUCGUAACUAGGAAGAAAAGGAGGAGAAACUCUAUCCCUAACCCUUACGCCAUUCCGGACAAAUACGUCGACGAAGAUCCUUACGCCACACUUCCGGCUGAUAAUCCGUAUGACGUCAUUCCGGACAACCCCACGCAAGAGAAGGACGAAGGGUUUGAAAGUGCCGGCUACAUUUGUGCCGUGGACAAGGUGACUGACAGCUGUGACAGUCAGUUCCUGCACAGUGCCAACACUGCCAACUACCUGCUGGUCAACGGCAGGCCUGAGGUCAGGAAUGUGGACGAUUACUUGAAAGUAGUCGAUGCUUUGAAUGGUAGGCCUACGUCUAACAGCUUGCCCGAUUACUUGCAAAUAAUCGAUGGUGCAAAUGAUGGACCAUUAAAUGACACAUUGGACGAUUACCUACAUGUAAUCGAUGCUGUUAAUAACAGGCAAAUCGACGAUAAUUCAGACGGUUCCAUGGACAAACUUAACAGUCUGAAAGAUUUGGAUGAUGCUGUUGGUGAUGUUUACAAUCCACUCUACACUAAAGUUAAACGAGAGUCAGGUACUAAAGUGGGAAAUAACAAUGCCGUUGUGCCUGAACCGGAAGUUGUUUUUGACAUGGAGGAACGCCCUCCUGACCUACCCCCCAAACGUCAUGUCCUCCCCACAGAUAUGACGGACACAAAGGGAGAUAACACAGAGACUGGAUCAGAUACUGUAGAACAUCAGGUCUACAACACAGCCCUGUAAUACGUGUAGCGAUGAACUUUAGUGGCGAGAGUGGAGGUGGGGAAAUAAGGCCUAGGCGCACUUGUAUGAUAUCUAUACAUAGUUUACUAUAUACAACAAGGUACACUUUAAUAAUGAAAUAAUUCACCAUUAAAUGUUUUAUCAAUUAUUUUUUGUUUGUUUA